UUCUUAGAACAAACGAAUUUCAUUAUGGAAUAUGUUGGUUACACUGUUUUACGUCCAAUGAAAGUUAUAACUCCGAUGUUUAUCAACAAAAACCUUCAAUGACGUCUCAUCCUGAAAAGAAAAUUCAAUAAACAUCUAACAAAUCGUCAGUCAACAUGGACUCAUCAUCUCCACGGUUUACCAAAGAAAAUCUAGAAUCGUAAACAUGAAUGCAUUUCUAUUGGCCGAAGCUCUCGGAAGGCGUAUGUACACAAUUUCUUCGAAGUAUUUCUGCUAGAAACUUUUUGCAAUAAGCUUUGACAAGGCUUGGUGAGAUUAAUUUAACCAUGAGCGAAUGAAGACAAUGAAAUUGCACAGUAGUAGUAAUAAGAAUAAAGACAGCGGCUGUCAUUUUUAUAAUGGGUAUAUUUAAUAAUAUUUUCAAAAUAUGUCUACUCCAAUGUUCGUUUUUACCAACAAUUCAAUCAAGAUUAUUAGCGGGAAAAGCUGAUGCAAAGAAACUCACCAAAAAAAGUGAAGCCAAGAAAAAACCACGCUUAAAAACAUUUAACAUUUAUCGCUAUGAUCCAGAAAGGAAAGGAUCGAAACCAUUUAUGAAGAAAUUUACCAUUGAUUUAAAUGAAUGUAGACCUACAGUACUUGAUGCAUUGAACAAAAUCAAGACAGAACAGGAUACAACUUUGACUUUUAGAAAAUCUUGCAGGGAGGGAAUAUGUGGUUCAUGCGGAAUGAACAUAGAUGGAGUGAACAGACUGGCCUGCUUAGACAAAAUCAAACCGAAGGGAGUAACGAAAGUAUACCCUUUACCCCAUAUGUACGUAAUCAAAGAUUUAGUAGUAGAUUUCCACAAAUUCAUGGAGCAACACAAUCGAAUAAAACCCUUUCUAAUUAGGGAUCGUCCUCAAAAGAGCCAACAAUUUCUCCAAAGCAUUAAGGAUCGAGACAACAUGAUAGGACUUGUGGAAUGCAUUCUUUGCGCAUGCUGUUCAACUUCUUGUCCUGAAUACUGGUGGCAUGGUCAUUCUAAAGAGCCUAAUGAUUUUUUGGGGCCAGCCGCCUUGUUAAAUAGCUACAGAUGGAUCACUGAUUCCAGAGAUCAUGCUACUGAGGAAAGAUUGAACGAUCUCAAAAAUUAUUUCAGCGUCUUUAGAUGCCACCAAAUAAAUAAUUGCACUGUUUGCUGUCCAAAGAGACUAGUUCCUGGAAAAGCUAUUGCUAAACUGAGACUACUGGUAUCAGGAAUGGCCAAAAAGAAAAAACCAGAUAUGGAAGGAACUGCUGACUCAGAUCCAAUGAAGGCGUGCGAAAAAUAGAAAUGCGGGGAUGAAUAAAAUUGUAAAUGUUUAUUUUCAUGUAUAUAUGCUGUAUAAAAUUACAAAAUUAUAUAUAAUACUUCGGCAAUCA